AUGCCUCUCAACGUUCCCGGUCUACUUGCUCCAUUUCAGUUGUUAUUUCGUCCAUACCUCGUACUCCCUUCAGUAGUAAUAAAAGACCUACGAUGUCUCGACUUUUGCGCCCUUCACCGAGCCGGAUAUCGUGGAGCAGUAAUUGACAAGGACAAUUGUCUGACUUUACCGUACGAAGAUAAGCUCGUACCAGAACUCAAUGUCGCUUGGGAGGAAUGCAAAAACGUGUUCGGAGCAGAGAACAUACUCAUCGUCAGUAAUUCCGCCGGAACCUACCUAGACCCUGGAGGGAUUGAGGCGGAGUCUGUUUCCUUUCAUUUGGGCGUUCCCGUCUUACGCCACAACACGCUGAAGCCGGGAUAUGCCUGUAUCAGUGCCAUCCGUGCUUACUUCGCCUCACUCCCAACUCCAGUACCAGAUAAUGCCCUGGUCAUAGUUGGCGACCGAAUCUUCACCGAUGUCGUCCUUGCAAACCGCAUUCGACCUUACAAUCUAAUCGGCAAGCGAGCACCUUCAGCUACGUUCGAAAAGACGGAACUCAACAAACCCGACAAUGGACCUAAUGGGCCUUUGUCCGUCUUCGUGGAAAAUGUAUGGAGAAAGGAUUCGACGGCAAUGCGCUUUUUGGAAAAGAAAGUCGUAGAUUUAGUUCAACGAUGGAACCGAGUGGAGGAGAAUGAGGUUCAUAAGAGUUUAUUUGUUCGAAACUGA